AUGAACUGGAAAGUAAUCUAUUCCGGCAUUAUUCUCAAAGAUGCGUUAAAGACAGAUGGUAUACUAGGAAUUGAUGCUCUCUGGGCAAGUGUUGUUAUAUUUCCACAUAAGAAGGAGACCAAAAUCGCUAUUUCCACAUAUCGGGAUAUUGCAAAAUCUAUCGUCGAAGUCGUGAAUGGAGGAGAGAAGAAGGAAAUAAAUGAGGUUCAUAUGUGCAGUUUCAUGGCCAACUUGGACGAGAUAGUGGAAGUGGUGGAGAAAGAGAUUGACAAGCCACUGGAGAGGUAUGAGGGUAUUUAUGAAGGUGCCAAGAAGGAAGCAGGGGAGAGAAUGAGGAUGGGGUUCUUUGAUGGUGGGGUAGCGUUGCUUGGGCGGGUGGCAGUGUGGAAUGAUGAAGUAGAUGCUUGGAGUGGAUGGAAAGAAGAUGUUUCUGAAAGGAACAAUGGUUGGAAGCCUGAAUCUUGGAAAAGCAACCAGCCUCAGAGCAGCAGUCUCCAAACAGCAACAAACAAUCACAAACAGACGACAAAAAAGAGAAACACAUUGAUCAUAGCAACCAACCCUGCCUAUCCAAAUAGUCAGGCGUCACGCACGUUCAGAAUCACCUUUGCGUCGGGAUAUGCUGCUAUAAGUCCUGCUGCAAAGCAGGAUGCGGCUGCGUCAGUCGCAACUGCUGAGUAG